AUGAAGUACCUGUCGCUCCCGACGUUUGACGUCGUGACGAGCGCGCUGAAUUUCGACACGCCCGACUGCCACGUCACGGGAAGCUGCGACCUCUACACGACCAAGGCUGCGGGGUCAGACAAGAAGCUGUACAAGAACAUCCAGCAAUCACUCGAAUCGCAACAUGCCGCGCUUCUCAAGUUCGGCGCGUCUCUCUCGCCGCCCCAACGGAGCUCGAUGGCGGCAAGCCUCAACCUGAGCCGCUCCUCGCCGUUCGGGUCGCUGGACGAAGUGUCGAACCGGCGCACGUUUGCCUACCUGAUUGCGACGCUCAACGCAUCGCACCCGGACUACGACUUCUCGCACGUGCUGCGGCCGGCCGACUUCCGGCGCGAACGCGUGCUGCGCAAGGUCAUGGCGCACAUUGACAGCACGCUCUCGAGCGUGCGGCCCAACGCAACUCUUCUCGACACGGCAGUCCCGUCUCGCGGCAGCGGCAGCUCCCCCGCAAGCUUUAACACGGGCGUCUCGAACAUGGCGCCCCCCUGGGGCCCCCAGAUGUGGUCCAUGAUUGACAAGGAGAUGAGUCUCAAGGAUUGUACGAUUUUUUCGUACCAACCUGCUGAUGAUCCGUUUGAUGAGGAGGAGGGCGCCAUCUGGGCGCUGCACUAUUUCUUCUUCAACAAGGCUCUCAAGCGUGUGUGUUAUCUCUAUGUCCGCGGCGUGCCCGUCAUGAGCCACAGCCCAAGGCAGCUGCCGCACUUUUCAACAAGCCUCUCGCGCAGGGGCCGAAAUCUCUCGGGACUGGGUGACCAGGAUUUGGAGGACGAUGUGGUGGGCGCCAACAAGCGCGCGCGGUUUUGGCUGGGGGACAAGGCGGCUGCGCGGCUUACGAGUGGCAGUGAUGAUGAGAUGGAUGAUGGGUUGAUAUGGAAUCGGGAUGCUGAUGGGGAUGUGCAUUGUCAGUAUGACGAUGAUGAGGAGGAUUUUGAGCUCGAGCAGGACCAGUUUGAGUUGGAUGAGGAUGAGGAUGAGGAAGAAGAUGAGGAGGAGGAAGAUGACAAGCAGCGGCGGAGAGAGAGUUCUGUGCGCGGGGUCAGUGAGGAUAUUGCUUCUAGGAUGGAGAUUGAUGUUUGA